GCCUCUCUGUCUCUGUUUUUCCACCAUUCUAAUCCUAUUCUGACAUUCUCAGCAUGCAAACAACUCUCAGAUCCAAGUAGGCAAUUGCAAUUCGUCAGGUACGUGUAAUAAAUAUGGAGGAUGCUUCUGAACAUUUUGAAGAAGUUUAGAAGCAUGUAAAGAAGGAACACUGGGAAAGAGCAUACAAGAUAAAGCAUUGAUCAAUUCAGUGUGCCUAGUACUAUGCCUGGAUUUCUCGUUGCAGAAGCUGCACCAGUGGUUCCAUGCUUGGAUUUCUUGUUGCAGCUGGAAAAUAUAUAAUAGAUCCGGAUCAAGCUCCAAGAGAGCAAGUAAAACCAAUUGCUUAUCUUCACAUGAUUCUAAAGUUCAAAUUAUUACUCAAUGAUGGUAUGCAAGAUGGAAUGGUUGGGCAGCCUGGUUUGAAUUUGUAAGCAAGAAAGGAACCUAAAGCCUCAUUCACAGAAAUUUCCUUCUCUGCAUUUGCCAUUUCCACAUUACAGAUUGUUGAAUACCUGCACCAACUGAAAAGAUGGGAACAUUUUUUUUUUCCUUGGCCAAAAGUAUGAGUGUUGUCUGAGUCAAUUAAUGCUAAAUAGUACCAAUUUUUUUGCAACUGGUAAGAUAUGUAACAUACAUCUUUUUAGACCAUCCUCCUGAACCAAAGACGAGUUAAAAAUGGAAAAUCAAGAAUUUAAAUUUAU